UAAUAAUCGACUUGAAUAUACAUGGGUUUGGAAAUAUGGAAUAAAGUGGUAGAAUAAACAAACACCACAAUGACAUUGAGUAACAUUUAUUUCAUUAUAUCUUCAUCUCUGAUGCUUAAAGUAGCAGCUCAAACACCAUUAGAAAGAUGCCAUUUCCAAGAGGGAAGCAAUUGUUGCAGAUUUGAGGUUAAACAUGACCGUGCCGGGAGACCACGGGAUGAUAGCGUACUGGGACGUCAAGAGCAGCUAUGUCCAACGGGCCAGGCAUGGGAUGAUGAUAUAUGUGAAUGUGCUCUGCAUGUCCCUGGUUGUGACCCUGCAAUUGAUUGUUCAAUUGAUCAACCAAAUAUUUCGAAUUCAAACACAACACCUCUGAUACCAAUUGACGUCCCACGAUGUCCUGAUGACUUGGGUAUCGAUGAAUGUUGUUUAGAAGAGCUUGUCCAGGUCUAUGGUGUGGUGAAUAAUACCAACAGUACCAGUUACUGGAUCAACAGAGACUACUCCAAGUUCAACACAUGCCCCUCUGGUCAGAUAUUUAACCUCUCAUCGUGUUGUUGUGAGGGAGAUUUACAUGAACCUAGGAUCAGAUAUUGCAAGUACUGGCCAUUUGAUGAAGAAUAUGGAACACGCGACAUAUAUCAAGACACUGCUACACUGAAUAGGGGCGCAAGACUGGGCGAAGGGCAUAAUAACAAAAAUGGGUUAUUCAUUCCAAAGAAAAGAGCUAUGAAAAUUUACCAUUAUGUGGGUACCCCAUUCAGGAUAGAUGGUACAUUCAGUGUCUCAUUCUGGGUCAAAACCUCUGCAAGUGACAGCGCAAAUGGAACUGUGAUAUUAAGUAACGGUGACAGUAGGAUUCAACCAUCUAUGAUAUUCUUCACCUACGGAAAUACAGUGUCUGGUGGCAUCUAUACUCAAUCUGAAAAAGCCUCGAGCAAUCCUGUGCCAACAGCUGACUUUCUGUUUCAGGAUUUGGAUGGAGACGGCUGGCAUUUUAUAGCGUUUGUGUAUGAAGACCCUAACACACAUCUAUACACUGAUGACACAGUGACAUCUUUUACACAACAGAGUGGAAAAAUUGUGCGCAAUCGCUGUUUAAUUUUGGCAGGCGGAAGCAACACGUAUCAAUUAAAUUUGGACGAGCUUGUAUUCUGUGACUUUGCGUUUAAUGGUACUGAUGUGGAUCAACUAAGAGAUCAUGGCAAAAUUCCCACAAAAAACAGUAUAGAAGUUUAGAAGGAACUAUUAAGAUCUGAAUUAAACAUACUUCGAACCCUAUCAUAGGGGUGGACUAUGUUUGAAUGGUUGCACAAUUAGUAAACAGGGGAGUUCCCCCUGGGUGUUGCCAGGAUCUAAUAUAAAGCGAGAAAAUGAAUAAUAUGGGCGGGGGGUUUGGGCUUUAUGUCCACAGUUUAAGUUUUAAACUUCUAAAAGAUAUUUUUAUAAAUUUUUAAUUAAAUAGUUGCAUCGCAUACCUCAAGCCUGGCUACGCCCAUGAAGAUCUAGUCGUUCAUGAUUCUCACUUAAAGAUUCGACUACAGAUUUUAGAUAUUACAUAUAUUCCAAGAAGUGAUAUAACUAUUGUAAUAGUGACAUACGUAUUUGAAAUAAAAUUCAGAUUGUUCAAUAGAAAA